AUGGCAUCUGUGGACGCAACCAUGAAGGCCAUCAACGAGGCUUGCAGAUCUAAAGGCGGCCACUAUGCAACGUACAGCUGCAAGGUGGUCUCCUGGGAUGAUGUGAGUCGUGGGACCGUUGGCGGCUCCUUGUCUUGCUGGGGGGCGAACAUCACGGACACCUACCUCAAGAGCAAGACUGGGCAGCGUCUCUUUACGGUGCGCAGUGACAACUGGAACGAAAAGCUGGGCGUCGUCUCUGCAGAUGAGGUGGCCGUGGUAGCCUCUCGCGCAGGGGGCCCGCUGCAGCCAGUGACGCUUCGGAGUGUGUUGCAACAAAUGGGCACUUACGGCAGCUACGCUGGCCUUGAAGGACAGACUGAUCUGUCGAACACAGCCCUAGAUGCGCAGUGCUCCAUUCGCUUCCAGACAACCUUCAUUCCCGUGGAGAAAUCCUCCGAUGGCAGGGGGAAACUAGAGUUUGCGACAGAGGCUUACAACUACAACACCACAAGCGACUCCGAUCCGCGGAAUCUCGUGUUGCUCUGCACCAGCCAAGGAAUGGCUGUGCAGCAGGACGGGCGCGGCUCAAAGAAGCUUUUUCACCAUGCGGUGGAAGGGAAUGGCAAGAUCCACCGCUAUUGGCUUGAAGCAGAGGAGAGCCUCCACAAGGUUGGCGGUGAGCAGCGGGAGUCUGACCAGGAGCGUGCCGAGGCUUUGGCUCGUGGCAAGGCCACUUCCAGCGUCAUCGGCAUCCGGGCUAUGGGACAACGCUUCAACGUGCUGAUGACCAUUCAGGCCUGCAUGGAGGACGACUUGGACGAUUGUAUGGAGUUGGCAAGCGCACCCCAACCCCAGCUUCAGUCCCUUCAACUCAUGAGUCGAAGCUCAGCUCGGAGAAGUGCUCCUGCACCCAAAGGGCUCAGCAGCGCCGCGCGCGUCUCCCGCGGCACGGAGCACGACGUCUGGAAAGGCUUGUCCAUCAAGUCGCCCCAGCGAAACGGAGCCGAGCACGUGACUGUAACCGUUGUGAUCUACAACGCUGUCAGAGGGGGUGUGCCGACGCCAGACGAUGUCGCGGCCGCCAUUGACGAUCUCGAGGGCCUUUACCGUGCGUGUUCCGACACUGGCCGCCUGGCAGACACCAAGUUCGAUUUCAUGAAGGAGCAACUAAAGGUCGACGAUAUGAUCGACAUCACAGCGAAGGUGGCGUUCCAGCCUCCGGUGGUGGACGUUCUCCAGCACGAUGUAUUUCCUGCCGCUUGA